AUGUUCAGAGGCGGCGUGGUGGGUGAAUUGGAUGCCCGCCGUGACGCUGCCCUCGCUCGAGUCCUCGUCAGACUACAGGCGAGGGCUCGAGGUCUCUUGGCAAGGAGAAAAGCUGAAAGACUCCGCACUCAACACACCGCCGCCAGAUGCGUCCAACGUAAUGUGCGCGCCUUCCUUGCGGUUCGUGACUGGCCAUGGUGGAGACUUUUGGUGCGCGUCACACCGCUACUGGCUGUGCAUCGCACAGAACACAGGCUCAAACAGGCACAGGAGGAGCUGGAAACGCUUCGAGUUAAACUUGAGAAGACUGAAAAUGAACGCAGUCAUUAUAAGAACGAAACGGAAAAACUUGAGACUAAGGUCAGUUGUAGCAUAAACAAGUAUUAG